AUGGCACAGGUUUUGCUACGUGAAGAGGUGUCUUCUCUGGCUUCAUCAAUCUCUGGCCAGAUGUCACCCAUGGGUGAUGUGUCUAGUGAAUCAACCACACAAGGAACGGAGGUGAGUUUUUCCACUGGAAAAGAUGAUCGUCCACAUACUCCAAAGCUCAACUCUGUUCCCGAACCUCCGUCACCCUCAGACUCGCUAGAUGUUACGAGUUACUCCCCUCUACUGCAGUUGCUUCGUUCUGAUGAGAUCAAUGGACAGCAUGUGUCUAAGGAGCAUCUGAGGUAUCUUAGGGACGUCUCUUUCAAGCUUUUCAUGAGGGAAUUUUCAAAUGUGAAUCGGAAGAACUAUUUGACUUAUUUGGGUGGAGGUUCCGUUGGUGGUUCUUCCGGAGACGAUCCAAUGGAUAUCGCUUUCAUCAGAUGCUUCUAUAUGUCUUUCUUCAAGUGGGAUGCCAAUUUAUUGCGGUCUUUGAGGCUUUUGUGUGAAAAUCUUUACUUCAAGGGUGAGUCCCAGUAUAUUGAUAAGAUUCUUGACUCUUUUGCAACUAGUUGGUACUACACCCAUGGCGACUCUGCAGAAUCGAAGAUUGACUUCGGCAGUAGCUCCGGGGUGUAUUUGGUGGCAUAUUCUCUCAUUCUACUGAACACAGAUUUGCACAAUAGUGACAUUGACAAGAGGGCUCGGAUCAGUAAAAGCAGCUUCAUCAAGAACACAUUCGAGGCACUGAAGCAAAACGACGUUAGUCUCCAGAACCGAGCAGAGGUUGAAGUUGAGCUCAAAACUUUCUACGAAGAUCUGCUAUCAGAAGAGCUUAAGUUGACAGGUACAAACGGCACCAAACAGAGAUCCAAACAGUAUGCAGAUAUGGCAGACAAGGCCGCUAACAAAAGGGCCUCUGUGUCGUCGUUCAAUAGCUUCAUGCCUGCCGGCUCCACACCAACCUACUCCAAUAGAACCAAUUUGAACUACGAAAGAAGCUAUGGUCACAACGCUGCUCAGCCAGUGGGUUUUGCUAGUGCCUUGCAAGCUGAAAGAACGGUUCGCAGGAUGUCCUCGCAUGAUAGCAUUGGCAAUAUCUCUCGCAGUUCCUCCAUCGGCACGCUGUCUACGGUACUGCAGAAGAUUGACUCCAACGAUACGGCAAUGAGCAUUCAAGACGAAACCUUUGUCAUAGAGGAAGAAGGUGACCUUGAGCUGGAACUUGAAGGACCACCAUGGGCAAAGGAAGGGUUGGUCUUUCUGGCAAAGAGUAACGAUCCGGUUCAGCAGCCUGCUCCGUAUGAGAAUCGUGGAGCGUUUUCUGGAUGGCUUUCUCGGUCAAAAACUUCCCAAAGCAAAAGCAGAUUAUGGCCUAAUCUUUUCGUGGUUGCCUCCAAAGGUGAACUCAAGCUGUUCUCGUUUGAGGUCAACCAAGGUGGUUUGAAGGGAAAGAAGUCGGUCAGCGAUAUACGCAGAAGUUGCAAUAGAGACCAGCAAUCCCAGACCAUUGGAGAUGGAAACUGGCUGUCUUCUGCUAAUUGUGUCGGCUCGUAUAGUCUUUGCUCCACUCUGGCCCGUGUCAUUGAUGCAAAGUCGUCAUCCUAUAAGCUGCUUUGUGGUGAGUACAGAAACAAUGUUCCUCACAAAAGGAUCGGAGAUUCCACUUUCUGGGCUCUGACACUUCCCCUGGCAGAUGACCAGAAGAUGUCAAAUCAGGAGACACUAAUCUUUUGUGCUGGUACACAAGAGAUUGCGAAAGAGUUCGUCGACACCUGCAACUUCUGGUCAGCGAGAUCCUCUUCAAUUCCACCCGAAGAUGCAAUUUCCUCGAUCGACUACGGAUUUUCGCCAAAACUGGCUCAAAUGGACAAAGCUUCUGUUGUGAAGUAUCUGAAUUCGACGACAAUUAUCAAAUGGACUCCUUUCAUAUACGGGCUCAUUCCCACAACGUUUCCCAUGCUGGAACAGCUGACGAAGUUGAAGACAUAUCACACGGAGCUGGUCAAUAAGGUCAAUCAGCACAAGACCUGGAUCACUGUAGUUUCCCGCAUUGAAAAACACGCUCAGGACCUGGUCGCGCCUUCAAGUGCGGGUUUUUUGCGCAGAAGCCGAAAGACUUCAGAUGCUUCUGCAAGUGCAGUCAAGAACCUGCGGAUGAUCAAGCUGAAUUACCAGAACAAGCUGACGUAUCUUGAAAACGAACUGGCGAGAUUUAAGGCCUACGUUCGGAUAUUGCAGAAGUCACUUGAGUCACGGCAAAAGAAGUUGCAGGAGUCUGCGGAAGAGGAAGAUGACUUCUUUGAUACGUCUGAGUACACAGUUACUUGA